CCGCAGGAGACAUCUAACUUGAAAUGUACGAGGCAUUGCUCAAAGACGUGUGGGGACUGAGUACCAUAUCUCUAAGAACUUGCUCCCAGUCGUUCGCGUUCUGAGGAACUGGCCAAUCAAGAGUAAGCGGUCCAUUUCAAACUUCAGCUGUGGGUGAUCAAACGUUCGAUGAAGUGCGACUACCGCCAUUAGACGCAGUGAGCGGUUUGUUUUGAACAGAAAGAGCUUGAAACUGCAUAAAAAAGAGAUCUAAUCAGGACCAGUAAUUGGGUUGUAAGCCUGUCAGUAUUGUGUGUCACGAUGGCUGUAACUUUUGACGCAAAUGAGCUUGAGGGAAUGAAGCGCGCUGAGCUUCAAAAGCUCUGUAAGAGCGUGGGAAUUAGAGCCAACAGCAAGACUUCUCAGCUUAUUGAAGAACUAAAGAUAUAUGCAUUAAAGAUUACUGGCGCAGCAGAAGAUUCUUUAGUUGAGCAAGGAAAAGAAUUACAAACAGCUGACUGCACCAAGAUAGAAGAAGCAGCUAAAGAUCCAGAAACAACAGAUUUCAAUCAUGAAAGUGAUAAUGAUGAUGACAGCUACAAGAGAGAGCUAAUGGAUCAACUUGAUAAGAAAGUUGAGGAAAAAAUGCCUGCAGAAUGUAAAAUCCCCCGAUUUGUUCAGUUCCUCGGUAAGGAGUCAGCAGCAGAAACAAAUAAAACUCCAGCUAAUAAAUGGAACAAGAUUCACAAGCAACAGUUUGAAAAGAUGGAUUCAAUUGAUGUAUAUUUGGAGAAGAAAAGGAAAAGAAUGGAGGGUUUUAAUCAGUCAGUCAAGAAAGCUAAGAUUGUGGUAGAUGGUUGCAAGAAGGAGAAGGAAAAUAGGAAAUCCUCAGCAAGAAAAUCCACUGAAAUAAAAAGGAAAAAUCAUGGCAAACCAGCUGAAGUUACAUUCAAGCCAAUUGUUACAACUAUCAAUAAAUCAUCUACAUUUGUUUUUGGUUCUCCUGCUCCAAAACCAUUCUUCCAGCCUGCUAACAAAAUUGCCACAAAAAGUGAGAAACUCAGAUUGAAAUCACCCAAAGUUUUCAAGCCUAUCGCUUCUGGAUCUGCUUCAAACAUUGAAAAGCCCAAGACUCCUUUAGUGCGGAAAUCCCUUCCUGCAACAGCCAGGAAGGAAGACAAAUCAAAAACACCAGCAAAUCCAUCCCGCAAGUCAAUUGCUGUGACACCUUUCAGAUUUUUGCCAGCCAAUGCACUAAAUGUCACAACACCAACCCCAAGAAAAAAAUUUGAUCUCAAAGCAAGCUUGGCCAAACCCUUAUCCUACAAGCCACACACUGGAAAAUUGAAACCUAUUUCUUCAUACCAGGAGGAAGUAAGGCCUACCAUGAGCCAUGCUAAAGUGAAGAAUCAUAAAGUGGAUGUCAAAAGUGUGAAAGUCACAUCAAGGGAACAACGGCGUAAGAAAGAGAACAAGAGCAGAGUUGACAGAAGAGCUAAUAACUUGAGUAGGAGGAGAGGACUUGCUUGCUGAUGAGACUGCACCAGACUUCAUGCAAGUCUUUUCAGGAUGCCACAAUUACAUAUGUUAAAGUACAUUUAAAAGACACACACUCGUGCCGCACACCUUUUUCACACUGACAGCUGCCUGCAUGAUUACAGUAACGUCACAUUUAACUAUAAAACAUGUAUAUACACUGUAUUUUGAAGAGGUCCUACCCAAGAAGCAUUCUGACAGGAAGUUUACUCUUGUAUAGACUUGUAUUUUAAACAGUUUUGAAUUGUCCAUUUUGUGAUGAGUCUUUUUCCUGUGAGGUAAAGCUAUUCUAGGUUGUAUAUGGUUAUAUUCAUUUCUCUUUUAGCCUGGUUCAAUUAAAUGUUUAUAUUUUCAGUGAA